AUCGAAUCUCCCAGCUGUCAAAGCAUACCUUCUGCAGCACCUGCAUCUACACGGUACCGAUCAUAGCACCUUGUGGGCAGAUCCAGAAUCCAUCUCCUUGCUUCGUACAGUCGUUGCCGCUUGCGACCAUGUCCGGACUCACACUCGGCAUCAUCGGCUGCGGCACAAUGGGUAUCGCCAUCCUCUCCGGGGUGAUCGAUUCACAACGUAAAGCAGCGCAGGCACAUGCGAACGGGCCCGAAUUAUCUGGAAAUGUCUCCUUGGCCUCCUCCAUGACCGAGGAAGAUCUGCGCCAGCAGCUUCCGACGCGAUACAUUGCCGGCGUUAACCGCCCCGAGAGCGCCAAGAGGUUGCGGAAACUAUUCGAUGCGGAGGGGUACACGGACGUCAAAAUCGUGACGAGCGGGAAUGGCGGCAAUAUUGAGGCGGCGCAAGAGAGUGACAUCGUCUUGCUGGCGUGCAAGCCGCAUACAGUCAAGGAGGUGCUGGCACAAGAGGGCAUGAAGCAAGCGUUGGAAGGCAAAUUAGUCUGCAGCAUUUGUGCCGGGUUGAGAAUCGAACAGAUUCGCGCUUGGGUAUCGCCGACUACGAAGGUCGUAAGGGCCAUGCCAAACACCCCUUCCAAAAUUCGGGAAGGCAUGACAGUUUUAACUCCGCUCGCACCCUCUCCCACAUCCGAGCAAGACAAGGCGCUCCUUCUCUCCAUUUUCACUGCCGUCGGACGAGCGCGUUUUCUGGACGAGAAGCACUUUGACGCGUGUACAGCGCUUGCAGGCUCCGGCCCUGCAUUUGCCAUGGUCUUCCUCGAAGCCAUGGCAGACGGCGGCGUAAUGAUGGGACUGCCCCGGCCGGAAGCGCUCGAGCUUGCUGCACAGACAAUGCAAGGAGCUGCAAGGAUGGCGCUUCAAUCGGGCUUGCAUCCUGCCGCUAUCAAAGAUAGCGUCACGACGCCUGGUGGAUGCACGAUCGCUGGAUUGCUUAAUCUAGAGGAUGGUCGCGUCCGGUCCACCGUCGCGCGAAGCAUCCAGGCUGCCACCGAGCACGCUGCUGGGCUCGGACAAAAGUGAGGCGAACAACGCAUGUCUUCCUUGCGUAUUUCGUCAUAGGGUAGGCAUUGGUAUCUGCAAUCAAUAAUUUAAGGAUCAUACAGCAACUUUCAGAGAGUGGUGAGAUCUGAUGGCAAAAAGGUGUGAUCCAUGUGAUGCAAAUGGACCUGCAAUCGGCAAAAAGCGAUUGUGGUACAGUCGACAAAUAAAACACGGCUGUACAUUCCCCUCCGUCACAAUAGAUGCUUCUGCUGUC